UGGUACCUAGCCCUUGAUGAUCAUGGGAAAGGGAAAAGAUAUAUUAUCCCUCUUGCCUCUUCUCUUCUUCAUCUUCGUCUUCAUCUUCAUUCAUUUUCAUUUCAUCCAGGUCGGUCCUUGGCUGGUUCUCGUCUGGUUUGUGCUGCGUUGAUCAUUGAUCAUUUAUAAUACACUCAUUCAGUCCUUUCUCUCUACAAUCAUACCCUUUAACCACCAAAGGAAUAAUAAAACUAUAUCACAAAAUCACAAUGAAGUUCUCCCUCACCACAACAGCCACCCUCGCUCUCAUCACCGCGAGUGUAGCGCUACCGAUUCCCUCCACCACCAAAGUCGCCCGAUUCCAAGGCUCCGAUCUCCUCGAUGGAAUAGCUCGCGAAGGAGGUCUUGCUGGCUUCUUGUCGACCGUCGAGUUGCCGUUUUUGAAUCCCAAUCCGACUCAGGAUGAGUCGGCGGGGGGUGCUGAUGCUGGAGCUGGAGAAGGAGCAGGUGCUGGGGCGGGAGCUGGAGCUGAAGCCGGAAACCCAUAAUCAAGUAAAGCCAAUGAUUCAAUGAUUGAUGCAGUUACAAUAUCCAUAUUCUGUGGUUCUGCCUAGUAGCUAGCUAUAACAAUAUCGUAGCACGCGUGCCAGU